UGGUAAGUUGCCAUGUCAGCAGGCCACAGCAGCAGGACACGUCAGUGCAUGGUGCUCACCCGCUCAAAGACAAGCGGCAUGGAGCAGCAGCCAGGCGAGACUACCGAGGCCUAUGAGGCCCGCAUGCUGGACAUGGUAGCAGAGUACAAGCAACGGGCAGCUGCGGCAACAUCCGCAUUUAAGAAGGAAGACGAGGAAGCAGAGGAACAGCGUCGCCUCGCUGAACAGCAGCAACAGGCGGACGGUGAGGCAGCAGCGACGGCCGCAGAUGAACGCCGUCGACUACGCCGAGACAAACUCCUCGAAUGCGAGGGGGAUAUCGAGCAAGAGGACAUCCUCUGCAUAGACACCCUGGUCCGGAAGCAGAUUCGCAUUAUUGACGAACUGCUUGACCAAGUACGUCGGCUGGAACAGCAGCUUGCAUCAGCCACCCCCGCCGGACCCUCCAACUUGACGGACCGCGUCAACGUCUUGGAAAUCGGCGUCGAGACUCUCAAGGACGGCGCUCUAACGACAAAUCAGCGGAUUGACCAGCAGAUUUAUGCCGCCGCAGCCAGUCCGACCGCGACCAAUCGCGAGAGCAUUCCGAAGCUUGACGGCCUCCCGAUCUUCUGCGAUGCAACGAAGACGGACCCGAUCCCAUGGUGGCACCAGUUUGAGCUGAAGUUGGACAUUCACCACGUCAUCAACCCGAACCGGCACACAGACUUAUACUCCCGCUCGGGAGGCGCGUGCCAGGCAUGGCUGGACAACAUGUUGUCCACGCACAACGUCGCAGUCUCCGAGCUGCAUACGAAGAUCAGCUGGGCUGAUCUCAAGGCAGCAUGGCAUAAGCGGUUCCAAGUGGAGUCGCCCGAGCUUCAGGCAACCGAGAAACUUCAACGAUACGGUCUGUAUGAGUUUGUAGUGAUGCCCUUUGGUCUUUGCAAUGCGUCGGGUACAUUCCAGCACGCUAUGAAUCAGAUCUUCCAUGACCAUUUAGAUAAGUUUGUCGUGGUAUACCUUGACGACAUUCUAAUCUUUAGCAAGUUWGCCGAGGAGCAUGCAAAGCACGUUGAGACUGUACUCUCACUCCUGCRACAACACAAGUAUAAAGUCAACUUAGAGAAGUGUGAGUUCGGUCACACUAAGAUACUAUACUUGGGUCAUGAAGUAUCCGCGGAAGGGAUUAGGCCGGAGGAUGCGAAGGUGGCUAGUAUUCGAGACUGGCCACGACCUGAGACUGUCACUGAGGUCAGAUCUUUCUUAGGAAUGUGCGGCUACUAUAGGAACUUCGUAAAGAACUAUUCUACAGUCGCCUCUCCUUUAACUGAUCUAACUCGACUUGACACGCCGUGGGACUGGAGUGAUGAGUGCGAGGGUGCUUUCAAGAGAUUGAAGCAUGCACUCAUGAAUCAUGAGGUCCUCAUGGUUCCCAAUCCUCAGAAGUCAUUCAUAGUGACCAUUGACGCAAGCCAAUACGGCAUUUGCGCAGUGCUGGCUCAACAGGAUGGGAAAAAGUUGAGACCGAUUGAGUACAUGAGUAAGAAGAUGCCAUCAAAGAAGUUGGCAAAGUCCACCUACGAAAAGGAACUAUAUGCUUUACAUAAAGCACUUGUCCAUUGGAGACACUUCCUAUUAGGAAGGUUCUUCUACUUGAGGACUGAUCACCAGACCCUCAAAUGGAUCAAGACUCAACCGGCGCUUUCUGACGCACUCAAGUGGUGGAUUGAGGUCAUAGACCAAUAUGACUUCAAGCUUGAGUAUCUGAAGGGAGAGUACAACAAGGUUGCAGAAGCGCAAUCAUGUAGAGCAGACUACCUAGGACAGGGUGUUUCCAUGGAUUUCAUGGACACCCUGGUGACUAGUAAGAGUGGCAAGAGGCACAUCUUCGUCAUCAUCGGUCGAUUUACCAAGUACGCUAGACUAGUGGCUAUGCCAGAGACCGAAAGAACUGACUAUGUCAUCAAGUUGUUCAAAGACAACUGGGUGCGUGACUUUGGUUUACCAAAGUCAAUCAUUAGUAACCGAGAUGUCCGAUUCACGAGUGAGUUGUGGAAGAAGACUGCAGAACAGAUGGGCAAUCAACUUCAGAUGACUUCGGGGAAUCAUCCCGAAGCCAACGGACAAGCCGAGCAAAUGAAUAGAGUUGUACAGCACUUGCUGAGGCAUUACAUCAAGCCCAGCCAGGAUGACUGGGAUGAGCAGUUGCCUCUCAUCGCCAGUCUGUACAACAAUGUUGUCCAUAGCAGUACCGGCGUUAGUCCUAAUCAACUUCACUUGGGAUGGAAGCCUAGAUCAGCAUUAGACUUCCACCUACCUGAAAACCGACCCGCUGCAACUCCAGGCAUACUUGAGUAUGGUGUGCAAUAUGAGAAGUUGUUGCAAGAUGUUGUCGAGCACAUGAAGAAAGCUCAGCAAGCAAUGAAUGCUUCUGAGAAUCAACACCGUAGACAGUCCACAUUUCAGAUGUGCAGCUCCCGCCAAGGUCCCGGCGUGCACGUGUGCGCGGGCGGGGAAUGGUCGGGAAGGGAGCGUGGGAAAGGGGGGGGGAAGAGAUCGCGCGCACGUGCGCGCGAGGAGAAUUGGGUGGCAGGGGGGUGGGAGGAGGGGCGCAGAGAGAAGGACGGAAGGGAGGGGGGAGGGGGGAGGAUCGGGGGUGAAGCGCUGGCGGAAGAGAAGUGGGAUCGGGGGAGCGGGAGUGGGGAUUGGGCUGGGAAGGGGGGAGAAGAGGGGAAAGCGGGGGGAAGCCGAGGAGAGGUUGGGGAAAGUCAGGGAAGAAGCGGGUUCGAAGUUGGGAUGGAGGUGCAGGGGGGAAAGGGGAUCGUGAUCGCAAUUAAGCACGAUCCAAGCGGAGUCGGGGUCGGAAUGAGGCUGGAAAGUGUCGGGGUUGGGGAGGGGGUGGGAUUGGGAGUGGGGGAAUGGGGAGGGGGAGAGUUGGGAUCUAUCGGGGUUGGAGGAAGGCAAGAGCAGCACAAAGGGGGGAAGGAGCGCAAGUGGAAGGUGGUUGGCUAUGGUGGAUGGGUGGAGGAGGAAGAAGGCGAAAGGUGGUCGGCUAUGGUGGACGGGUGGAGGAGGAAGAAGGUGGAAGGUGGUUGGCUAUGGUGGAUGGGUGAAGGAGGAAGAAGGCGAAAGGUGGUCGGCUAUGGUGGACGGGUGGAGGAGGAAGAAGGUGGAAGGUGGUUGGCUAUGGUGGAUGGGUGGAGGAGGAAGAAGGUUGAAGGUGAUCGGCUAUGGUGGACGGGUGGAGGAGGAAGAGGGUGGAAGGUGGUUGGCUAUGGUGGAUGGGUGGAGGAGGAAGAAGGUGGAAGGUGGUCGGCUAUGGUAGACGGGUGGAGGAGGAAGGACGUGGAAGGCUGGAUCCGGCCUAGUAGCUCACCCUAUGGUGCGCCGGUUCUCUUCGUGCAGAAGAAGAACAAGGAUCUUCGCCUAUGCAUCGAUUACCGCAAGCUCAAUGCACAAACCGUCGAGAACGCGGGACCUCUUCCUCGUAUUGACGACCUUCUGGAGCGUUUGAACGGCACGAAUUUUUUUUCCAAACUGGAUUUGAAGUCGGGGUAUUAUCAGAUUUCGAUACGCUCGCAAGAUCGCUACAAAACCGCGUUUAAGACAUGGUACGGGCAUUUUGAGUGGGUCGUCAUGCCUUUCGGACUCACCAACACCUCGACGACUUUUCAAGCUGCGAUGACCAACGAGUUUUGUGCAAUGCUAGACCAGUUCGUGCUGGUCUACUUGGACGACAUCCUCGUCUAUAGUCGGACCUUGGAGGAACAUCUCGAGCAUUUUCGACAAGUGUUGGAGAUGCUCCGCGACAAGUGUGAAUUCGUACGUCAAGAGUUGGAAUACUUGGGCCAUUUCGUCACUCCUCAAGGCAUCACUCUGUUGUCGGACAAGAUUCAAGCCAUCCAAGAUUGGCCGGAGCCACGGAACGUCACGGAUGUCCGUUCGUUCCUUGGCCUUGCCGGCUACUACCAACGUUUCAUUAAAGGGUACCCGAAGAUCGCGGCCCACUUAUCCAAGCUUCAAUGCGAGGACCGACCAUUUGACUUCGGGACGGAUGCGCGGGAAUCAUUUUUGGCCCUUAAGGACGCAUUGCUAUCAGCGGAAGUCUUGCGAAUAUACGACCCGCUAUUGCCAACGCACGUCACUACGGAUGCGUCUGGCUAUAGCAUUGGUGUCGUCCUCGAACAACACGAUGGCGUGGACUGGCACCCGGUUGAAUACUUCAGCAAGAAAGUGUCGGUCGUGCAUUCAAUCAAUGAUGCACGCAAGAAGGAACGUCUCGCCUUCGUCCACACACUGAAGCGGUGGCAGCACUUCCUCCCUGGUCGACGCCAAUUUCGAUGGGUAACGGACAACACUCUGUUGGUCUUUUACAAGACCCAAGACACCGUCAAUAACACGAUCGCCCGUUGGAUGGCCUUCAUCGACCAGUUCGACUUCUUUCCCGAUCAUAUUCGGGGGAAGUCAAACCGUUUUGCGGAUGCUCUUUCACGGCGUCCGGAUCACUGCACCGCCGUCUACUCGACCUUCGAGAUAGAGGAUGACUUGCGGGACAGUUUCAUCCGCGGCUAUCAAGCCGACCCACAAUUUCGCAACAAGUACCUCGAAGAUGGAGCUGGAGCGAUGGCGCCACAGGUCGUCGGCGCGGAUGGGACAAGGCACGCGAUGCCUGUUGGCUUGCUGCUGCAUGCGGACUUGAGCCUUUUGCAUAUUCACGCGGGCUUGAGCCAGCAAUUCCCUGUACUUCCGAACGGAAGCGGGAGAGCAAGCGGCAUCGAUGUCGGCUGGUCGUGGGAGGAGAAGGUCGGCGAAGAUACGGCCUUUCCGUCCACCGUGGUGCAACUCGAAUGGAGUCACGCCGAUCGUCGGCUGCACCAAAGUGUUGUAGGCGAACUCGAUGUCGGGGAGGCGGUCAACCCAAUCUUUCUCGUCCGGACGGAUGAGCGUACGAAGCAUCAUUUGAGCGGUUUGAUGUGCCCGCUCCGUUUGCCCGUCCGUCUGUGGAUGCCGAGCCGAACUUGGUUUCAUCUUUGUGCCGGACUCCUGCAUGAGAGCAGUCCAAAAUGUCGACAUGAAGCGAGUGUCGCAGUCGCUGACUAUGUCUUCUGGUACACCGUGGCCACAAAUCCAACCGGUGUGCAAGAGGCGUGCCAGCUCGGGAGCCAAGGAGUAGUACUUGCAAGGGAGAAAACGCGCGUACUUACUCAAUCGGUCCACGACCGUGAGGAUGCCGUCGUGUCCGAGGCGGUCGCGGGGGAAUGGUCUGGUGACAUCCACGGCAAUGGAGAGACUGGGUUCUUGCGGGAUCGCCAUCGGGCGCAGCUCGCCGUAGGGAGUGCGGUUGCGGGGUUUGCUCCGUCGGCAAACUUCGCAAGAGUCGCAAUACCUCGUCACGUCGGUGAUGAGGUCGGGCCAUCGGAAUCGUUGUCGAAGCCGUGCAAUAGUGCGGUUGACUCCGAAAUGGCCGGCGAGUCGUGAAUCAUGAUACUCGCCGAGGAGGCGAGUCCGAAGACGGCGGUCGCGUGGGAUACACAGUAAGUCCUUGCCCCGCGA